UGAGGACUUGAUGAAAUCUUUAAUAUAUGCAUGAAUCUUUAGAAUGGGUUUUCAGUGAAUUUAGAAAAAGAAAAAAAAAGAGGUACAGAACUUAAAUAAAACGUCAAGUGAUAUUUGGGUUGAUGGAGAAAGAGACGAGAGCAUUUUUCAUUGACGAAGACUUGGCCAAUCAACGACGAGUUGACGCAAGACUAACCAAGUCACACUAGGUUAUAACUUCCUUCUAUAAGAGAAUUAGAGAACCAGUGAAGCAUACAACAGCAUAACUCAUUACUUUAACAACAUCAAACUCAAAAACAGAGAUGAUGACUCGAAACCAUUGUUAUUGUUUUUCUAGUAUUAUUACCAUCUAUUUCUCAUUCCUAAUCCACAGUACUCUUGCUUCUCCUAGGCUCCACUUUUGCCGCCACGACCAGAGGGAUGCUCUGUUGGAAUUCAUGCAUGAGUUUCCUGUUGAUAAGUCUUUUCCAAGUUCGUGGAACAAAAGCAGCGAUUGCUGUUUUUGGGAGGGAGUCGAGUGCCAUAAUAAAUCUGGCCAGGUUAUAUCACUCGUCCUUUCUGGUAAAUAUCUUAACGGCUCUAUGAAACCAAACAGUAGCCUCUUCAAACUCCAAUAUCUUCGUGAUUUAAUCCUUAUUGAUUGCAAUCUCCAAGGAGAGAUUCCUUCUUCACUAGGAAACCUUUCUCGUCUCACUCAUGUUGACCUUUAUGGUAAUCAAUUGGUAGGUGAGAUUCCGAUUUCAAUCGGCAAUCUAAACCAACUAAGAUAUCUUACGUUUGGGUAUAAUGGUCUCACAGGAGAAAUUCCUUCAUCACUAGGAAACCUUUCUCGUCUAUUAAAUCUUGAACUUAGGUAUAAUCAUUUGGAAGGUGAAAUUCCAACUUCCAUCGGAAACCUCAAGGAACUAAGAUGGUUUCGGCUUGAAUAUAACAAGUUAUGUGGUAACAUUCCUAUUUCAGUCACCAAUUUAACGAAUCUUUCCUCUUUUAUCAUCCACUCUAAUAACUUCACUUCCACACUUCCAUCUAACAUGAGUGGAUUCCACAACUUGGAGACGUUUGAUAUUGGUGAAAACUCGUUUCAUGGGCCUUUCCCUAAUUCUUUGUUCUCGAUUCCCUCGUUGCAAUGUGUUGAUUUGGGAAAAAACCAUUUCACGGGAUCUAUACAGUUUGUGAAGAAUACAUCUUCAUUAUCAUCUGAGCUUCGUUCUCUAGACCUUUCUCAUAACACAUUCAGUGGCCUGAUCCCGGAAUCCAUAUCUAAAUUUCUCGACCUUGAUGAUUUACGUCUUAGCCACAAUAAUUUCAGUGGGGCAAUCCCUUGUUCUAUAUCAAAGUUAAUCAACCUGUCUUCUCUUGGUCUUUCCAAUAACAAUUUGGAAGGUAAAUUACCAAGUUGCCUAUGGAGAUUGAGGUGGCUGGAGUUUAUGGAUCUAAGCUCGAAUUAUUUCCGAGGAUCAUUUCCCCAUUGGAUCUGCAAGCUUAAAGGGUUAAGGAAUUUAGAUUUGUCCAACAAUCUCUUCAACGGCUCCAUUCCUCCAUGUUUAAGGAACUCCAUUGAUUCUCUUGAAUACCUUAUUUUGCAUAACAACAGUUUCAGUGGAAUUCUUCCAGAUAUAUUUGCCACUGCUACAGAGUUGCUUAUCAUCGACGUUGGUCAUAACCAUCUGGAGGGAAAUCUUCCAAAAUCCUUGAUUCAUUGCGAAGGUCUGCAGGUUGUGAAUGUGGAAUAUAACAGAAUCAAGGAUAAGUUUCCAUCUUGGUUGGGAUCUCUACAAUCACUAAAUGUUCUCAGCCUCAGAUCAAACAAGUUUUACGGGCCGUUGUAUCAGCGGAAUGUGUCGAUUGGGUUUCAGAGUAUAUGCUUCAUUGAUCUUUCACAUAACGACUUAAGUGGAACUCUUCCACCUUCCUAUUUUUCCAACUGGCUUGGAAUUACCAAAAUUUACGACUUCCGCAAAAAGACCACAAGAUAUUACUACGAACUGAAUGUCUUGACAAUCCAAGCACAGAUGGAUAUCGUGAAUAAAGGAGUGGAAAUGAGGUACGAGAAAAUCCGAGAAGACUUCGGAGCCAUCAAUUUGGCUGGAAACAGACUUUACGGCAAAAUCCCUGAAUCUAUUGGCCUCGUGAAGGAAUUGCGUCUUCUCAACUUAUCAGGCAACGCAUUCACAAGUGAUAUUCCACAAUCUUUGGCAAAUUUGACAAAUCUUGAGACGUUGGACCUCUCCAAUAACAAGUUGUCUGGUCAAAUCCCACAAGAUCUUGGUAAGCUUUCAUUUCUGUCAUACAUGAACUUCUCUCAUAACCUUCUCAGUGGUCCAGUGCCACGUGGCACACAGUUUCAAAGCCAGAACUGUUCUUCAUUCUCGGACAACCCUGGACUCUACGGUCUCGAAGAAAUCUGUCCCCAAGCCCAUGUCCCAUAUCCCCUCGAGGAAUCGCCGGAGGCAGAGGAACAUAUGUUUAACUGGGUAGCAGCUGCAAUAGCAUAUGGACCUGGUGUAUUAUGUGGCUUGGUGAUCGGACAUAUCUUUGCUUCACACAAUCAAGAGUGGUUCACAGAAAGGUUUGGUCGAAGACAACUCAGAACCACCAGUGCUCGUUAAGCCCAUCUCUAGUAGCCUCUCUAAUAAGCAUUUCUAAGGCGUAUGUUGUCCAUUGUCAUGAGUCUUGUUCGUGUUUUUACUCAAUUUGCCAUGUUUCUUCUCCAAACUACUCGUCUGUGUUUGUUUGUAAUUUUCUAUUAAUGGUUUUGUAAUGAAAGUCUUGUUAAAAAAGUACUUGAAUUAUUGAUAUAUUAUCAACUUUUA